AUGUGUUCUAGUUGCCUACAUCAAACUGGCAUCCUAGAGGAGUUAUAUUCCCAUUUUCAGCUGAAUGAACCGGAACGGACCUUCCUCAGUCAGCGUCCAGACCUAACCGAACCUCAUUGUCUGAGCAAGCGCUCAAACUGCAGUCUCUGCCUCGAAGUUUGUCGAUGGCCCCGACAAAAUAUCUCAUCUUGCGAAUCGUCAUGCAAACAGCUUGAGGAGAGCGCAUUGCAAAUGCUGCCUAACAGUCCGCUUGAGAUACACCGCAGAACGUGUCUGGAAGCCUGUGUAUUUUCGCACACCAACCGGAGAGACAGAGCGGCAGUGGUUAGCGGACUGCUGCCGGCCUCUUGUCCUCUGCCCUCCAGCUGGCCCGACGGCUCGACAUGUCAGCCGCACCAGCGCUGCACCACCGACGCGGACUGCGGCCACAGCCCCCUCGCCAAGUGCUGUCGUUUCGAUGCAUGCCUCGUUGAACAUCAGUCCCUCUCACCGUCCACCUCCAUGCUCUACCGCUUGGCUCGUGGUGGUGGACCCCCCGCUCUUCGGCGGCCUCUUCCCCCCACCGGAUUUUGCAUUCGCAUUGCCAACGACACCGCCUUCGCCUACAGAGGAGUACCCCCAGUACCCGAUCGACCGUCAGUGCAUCAAACAGCUAUGACUCUGGGUGAACAGGAUGCUUACAAGUUGGAACUAGAUUGGCCCAACUACUACAACAUCAGUGGACCUGCCGGCUCAUUAGAAUGGAUUCAUCCAGCCGUCUUCCUCGUCCAGGUGCGUCUUUUCCGCGACCUUGGUGACUCCUUAUUUGAGGAUCAGGGUGAAUUCGGAGAUGAAAUAUUACAAGAAGAACUCUUUAGUGAGUGGCGAAGCCUCGUCUGGACCACAAAGGUUGGUGCAGUUCUCUCGGAUCUCAGUCCCGGAACGUGGUACCAGUUUCGGUUGAAAGCUGCCUCGGGAGCAGGUUUCGGUGGAAACGGUCGCCCUAGUCGACCUGUCAAGGUGAUGACACUACCCGGGGCUCCUUGUAAUCUCACAGAGAGCAAUUUGCGUAUCUAUUCUAAUAAAGUCGAAGUAAAACUUCAGUGGGAACCACCUGCUCUUGGAAGCGUUCCUGUCAAAUUUUACAGGGUGAGCUGGAAGAAGAAUGUUCCUAUGCACAUGAAUGGCAACUCAUUGGGGGAGUAUGAGGCCAAGGUGCCCAAGAAGGUUCUCACUUACACCCUGCAGGACCUGGAGCCAGGCACCGUCUACAAGGUGCAGGUGGCUUCAGUGGCCGUCGCUGACGGAAAAGAGUGGUCCAGUCCUCCAGUGACGCUCUUCAUUAAGACCGUACCGGCUCCCUCUAAAGAAUAUCCUCUAGGUGUGACUCAAUAUUUUGGGUCCAGUGUCCAAGAUACCACGAUCUUCCACCUCCUUUGGAGUCCACACGUCUGUAUUGAAACGCCAAAUUCUGAAGUUGGUCUAACCAGCGCCCCCGCUGUAUUAAAUGCAUAUACGGCAGCUCUUUCUGGUAUGGAUCUGGAAAAUCUACGAUUUCAAUGUCACUACAAAUUGCAAAUAAGUAUGACUGAGGUGCCUCCAGAAAUGACAUCGAAGAACUCCCUGGAUUUAUGUUUCUGCACACCCUCCUGCACAGACGUUGUUGUCAGAUCUGGUCCUAAACCGAAGAACUGCUCUUUCGCAGACGUCUUCAUCCCUCAUCGGCCAGUCGACGUUGGCUAUCGCUUAUUCCCCACUGAUACAAACCAGCCACACCCCAUAGCCUCAGGAGGAGCGGUUAUCUCCUCACAAUCAGAGACCGAACCAGUAUUUCCCGUUCGCAACGCCUUCAAGACGGGUGCCAGUCAGUCCCUCGGUUUCGACGCAAUCAUUUAUUGGAAGCCGCAUCCCGACAUGGUGAUGGCCACAGAGAGCAUCGGACGGUACACCAAGUACGUCAGCCCCGAGGCACACCCCUUCCCGGAGGCUCAACGGCAGUCGCGCGGCUACCGGGUGAUCUGGGGACCCCGUCUUGUCGAGCCCAUCGAACCGGACAUGUACAACAAUGGCAUCGCUCCACAGCUGGAUCCCGAACGAACUGAAUCCAAAGUUGUCGACUCGAAAGUGCACAAUGUGAUAUUAAGAAACUUGGAGCCAGACACACUGUACAUAGUCCAAGUUCAAACAAUUGGUGCCCAUAGCGACAGUCCUGUGAAUGCAGUCUUCUUCACUACUCCGGAAACAGCGCGUAUGUGCAUCAAGCUCCUAAUUGUAAUCAAUAUCCAUACCACGAAGCUGACGCUCGACUUCCAGGAAGAAAAUGCACCAUACCUCUCCCCUAAUCAGUUGCAAUUGGGUCUUACCUGUUGCCUUUUUGGUUCGCGCGCUCUCCAGCUGGAAAAAGCAGGCAUGACUAAUAAUUAUUGUAUUCUCGUCCACAUUCUCGCAACUGACCAUUUCGAUAUGGAUGGUUGGAAACCCAAAUUCGACGUCGAAUGUUUCCAUUACUUGGGUUAUACAAAGUAG